GGGGGUUGGGAGAGGGUGUGGGGCGGGCAGGUCGGGUGGGGGUCCCCAGCAGGAACUCAACUACCACUCUCACUGGCUGCGUUGCAUCUCUCAGUUAACUUGAGCACUGUGAUACAACGGGCUGCUUAUUAACAGGUAUAGGAGCUACAAGUAAACGCACAAAUAAUAAUGGCCCCGAAGAGUGAGCUGAAAUGUGUUGAAGACCUGAAAAGGGAGAGAGCAAAAUGCACCUUCAACACAGAGGAACUUACGAACAUUAUGGAUGGUGGGAAGGAGAAGACCGCUAUUCGUAGAGAGAUACAGAGAGUGUUGAUAAAUGACCCAGAAUUCAGUGACAAAGUCCCUCAAGACUAUUUAAGCCAUGAGGAUCGUUAUGGUAACGAGCUGCGCAAGUCGGUGCAUUUGAUGAAGACUUUGGACAGGCUGGGAGCCCAAGACAAGAACCUGGACACAAGAAUAGUGGGAGGAGUUUUGAAGGAUGGAAACCCAUUAGGUCUUCACAAGUCCAUGUUUCUCCCAGCCAUUCGCGGCCAGGGCAACGCCCAGCAACAGGAGGAGUGGCUGGGCCGGGCUGAGAGAGCUGAGAUUAUUGGCACUUAUGCACAGACCGAACUGGGACAUGGAACAUUUGUGAGGGGUCUGGAAACCACGGCAACAUAUGACCCAGCAACACAGGAGUUUGUGUUGCAUUCGCCCACUAUAACAGCAACCAAGUGGUGGCCUGGCGCAUUGGGCAAGACUUGCAACUACGCUGUGGUGAUGGCUCAACUGUACACUCAGGGCCGCUGCCAUGGUCCCCAUCCAUUUGUGGUACAACUGAGGGAUGAGAACACCCACCGCAGCCUUCCUGGAAUCACUGUUGGAGAGAUUGGACCACGCUUGGGACUCAACACAAACGACAAUGGGUUCUUGAGGUUUGAUCACUACCGCAUACCCCGUAACAACUUACUCAUGAAGCACUCGCAGGUCCUUGAGGAUGGAACAUACGUCAAGCCGAUACACAGCAAGCUGUCCUAUGGAACUAUGAUACUUGUUCGAGUUGGUAUUGUUUAUGACUGCAGCAGGAAACUGGAGCAAGCAGUCACAAUAGCAACACGUUACUCUGCUGUACGGCACCAGUCUGAAAUGGCUCCUGGAGAGCCAGAACCUCAGAUUUUAGACUACCAGACUCAGCAGUACAAGCUGAUCCCACAAAUUGCAUCUGUGCUUGCUCUGUACUUCUCAGCCAAAAGUGCAGCACAGAUCUACACCAGCGUAACAGCCAGUAUGGAGAAGGGUAAUGUCCAGCUCCUGCCAGAGUUACACUCCCUUUCAAGUGGGCUGAAAGCUGUCAGCUCAGAUGAUGCUACCUCGGGCAUUGAAAUAUGUCGUCUGGCUUGUGGGGGGCACGGGUACCUGGCGUCCUCCAACCUACCCCGCCUCUACACGGGCACCACGUGUGCCAUCACUUAUGAAGGAGAGAACACUGUGUUGUUGCUGCAGGUUGCCAGGUACUUGAUCAAGACACACCGAGCAGCUGGAAGACGGGCGUCAUCUUCAUCUGUUUCUCACCUCGCUGGUGAACUUGCCUCAUCGCCUUCGUUAUCCAAUAAAGCUCUAGUUGAGGCCUUCCGAGUGUCGGCUUCAGCCCUCGUGGUGGAAACUGAAGCAAGACUACAGAAGCUCUGUGAUAUGGGACGAGAGUACCAUCAUGCUUGGAAUGAUUGCUCCGUUCAGCUAGUCAAGUGUGCUCAGGCACAUACAAGGCACUACAUUUGUGAGAAAUUUGAGGCUAAUGCGGAGUCGCUGGAUUGUAGCGAGGGAGUACGGAAUGUCCUGCGUAGCCUAUGCCGUCUGUAUCUCAUCUACCAUAUCACUCUUACUCAAGGAAACUUCCUCAGGUGUGGAGCACUGACGGCCAGACACAUAGCUGUCCUUGAGGCUGAACUAUGCGAGCUGUUGGCCACGCUGCGGACCCAGGCUGUCUCUAUUGUGGACGCUUUUGACAUCCCCGACGCUCUGCUUGGCUCUACCCUGGGAUGCUGGGAUGGUAAUGUUUAUGAAAGGUUGUAUAAUGCAGCUCUCAAGAGUCCUCUGAACAAGACAGACGUGCCUAAAGCAUAUUACAAGUACCUCCGCCCACUCAUAAAAUCCUCCCUUUAAAGGAAAAUUACGUCAAGAAGCUAUUGAUAUAGGGAAGCUAAUGAUAAUAUAAUUUCUCAACAAAUAAUGGAAGAUGUUUACAUUAAGGAUUUUUAUAAAUUUGCUCAUAUGCGCUUGUAUUUGAAUUAUAUCGAUUGAAUUUACAUAAUUCAUGAAUACCAUACUGAAUAAAGUUAUAAUUUAUAAUUUAAUUUAUAAUUUGUAUUUUAAUUUAUAAUUUAAUUUACAAUUUAUAUUUUAAUUUACAAUUUUUAAUUUAAUUUACAAAUUUUAAUUCAAUUUACAAUUUAUAUUUUAAUUUAAAAUUCAUAAUUUAAUGUACAAUUUAUAUUUCAUAAUUUAAUAUAAAUUAUAAGUAAUUAAUUAUAGCCCAUAAAUGUUCAUAUAAAUAAAUGUAAAGUGAUAUAAUAGAAUGGAUGGGUGCUAACUGAUGCAGACAAAGCAAGUAACUAAUUCUGAGGAGUAAAUUAGAGACAAUUAACAGAUUAGUGUCAAUAGGGAUGUGCAAGGAUACUUUAGGCAAUUAUACCAAUUACCAAUUACAAUUAGCACCCAGUCUUGAGGUGCUAGGUAUUACUGUUACUAUUACUGUUACUGUUAUUAUUAAUAUUAUUAUUAUUACCUGAAUUUACCUGAGGGACUGUUAGCUGGUGCCCUCGACGAUGACAGGAGGCCGGCGACUUGUCAAAGUUCCCCCCAUUCCAUAUAUGACUAACCAUCCUGUGAGAUGGGGGUAUUAGAUGAACUUAUAGCUAGUUUUUUAUCUACACUUUGUAAUCUUUCAUAUAGAAUAGGGUAGCAGCACAUUGAUGUGUUUACCCAAGUAUGUUAAUAAAAAAAAUAAAGUUAUUAUAUUUUACUGACCAAAAGGACUUUUUCUAGGCUAUUCUAAUUGUUGGAGAAUAUUCCUUAUACAAGGAAUACCACAUUCCUUAUAUAGGAUGUGCUAUUCAUUUUAUUUACAAGAUAUAAACAUAAUUACAAAUUUCUAGUGAAUGGAUAAUAUCGUUACUGGUCGUUCAGUUCCUGAACCGACUAUGUGCCUUUGUAAUCCUUUAUACCACCGCCCACGGGAUGGGUAUGGGGUGCAUAAUAAAGAAAGAAAUUGUAAUUGGUCGUUGCCGGAGUGCAUACGGCCUGUGCUGUAGCUGCCCCUAGCCCUAAAACAACAACAAGCCUCCCCACAAGUGUGGAGGAUACAAGACACUCCGUACAUUGACAACAUCGCACACUAAUAUUUUUUAUAUGUGUAUAAUAAUCCCCAUAAGAAUCUCAGGGUGACAUUUCCCGGGUUUGUGGCCCAGGAGCAGAAUUGAUUGGUGAUUGUGGUACAUGGAAAAUUCAGUGAAUCUGAUAAAGGUAAUGAACCCAUCCAUUAUUGCCUAAACAUACCUGGAGUUGAAAUUCCACCCCACAGUAUACAGCAUAAUUCAAUUUAACUCCCUAUCACAAUAUAUAAUUCAGUAUAUCUCCACAUCAAAAUUGUGUAAAAUAAUAAAUUCUGGGAGGGCCAGAAAUGGCUGGGCGCAUUUCCUAUCUCCUAAUGCAUCUGUUCACCUAGCAGCACGUAGGUACCCAGGUGUUAGUCAGCUUCUUGUGGGGUUGCAUCCUGGUGAGGGGAGCUUGCUAUAAGCCUAAAGUGUAUAAAAACACACCGGCUGCCUUUCCCCAACACAACUAGUUCAGUCUUGCACGUUGUUUGACGAUCCUUUCAUCUGUGGCAAUUAAGCAAGUCCAAUCUGUGUCAGGGUUCAAGUGACAGGAUGAACAAUUCAAUUAGAAUACUGCAAGAAUUAAUUUUAAGUAAUAUUGCAGCAUUGCAAAUUGCAGUCUCCAUGGCGUAGUGGUAAGACACUCGCCUGGCGUUUCACGAGUGCUUUGGCCUGUAUUCAUAUCCUGGCCGGGGAGCAUUUACUGGGUGUCAAUCCUUAACUGUACCCCCCCCCCCUGUUUACCCAACAGUCAAUGGGUACCUGGUUGUUUAACAAUUUGGCGGAUCAUUUUCUGGCAGAAAUUAGAUUUAAGGCCCUGCCCGAAACACUAUGCAUGCUAGUGGCUGUACAAGAAUGUAACGACUCUUCUAUGUAUCAAUAAAAUAAAUUGUUUUUUAUUACA